AUGGCAGCUCUCGCCGUUGUCUUCGCCAUUGCCGCCGUUAUCGCGCAUUCAGUUGUCAGUGCCGCGGUGGCGGCCGCCGACGAUGCAUCUUCAACGGCCGCUAGAAAUUUCACGAUAGCUUCUCCUCCCUCUCCGACGACCAGUGGUCCGGUGACAUACGUGUUCGGCGACUCGAUGUCCGACGUGGGCAACAACAACUACUUCCCCAUGUCCCUCGCGAAGUCCAACUACCCUUGGUACGGCAUCGACUACCCCAACCGCGAGGCCACCGGGAGGUUCACCAAUGGAAAGACCAUCGGAGACUACAUGGCCGAGAAGUUCGGCGUCCCACCCCCGCCGCCGUUUCUGCAGCUGAGAAUGACGGGCAAGGACGUGCUCGGCGGCGUCAACUUCGCUUCCGGCGGUGCCGGCAUUCUGAACGAGACGGGCAUCUACUUCGUUCAGUACCUCUCAUUCGACGAGCAGAUAUCGAGCUUCGAGAUCGUCAAGAAGGCGAUGAUCGCCAAGAUCGGCAAGGAGGCGGCGGAGGCCGCUGUCAAUGCGGCAUUGUUCCAAAUUGGACUCGGGAGCAACGACUACAUCAACAACUUCCUGCAGCCAUUCAUGGCGGACGGCACCACGUACACGCACGACCAGUUCAUCCGCCUCCUCAUCACCACCCUAGACCGGCAGCUCAAGAGGCUGUACGGGCUCGGCGCACGGAAGGUCGCGUUCAACGGGCUGGCCCCGAUGGGUUGCAUCCCGUCGCAGCGCGUCCGCUCCACGGACGGCAAGUGCCUGUCAAACGUGAACGACUACGCCCUGCAGUUCAACGCGGCCGCCAAGAAGCUGCUGGACGGCUUGAACGCCAAGCUGCCCGGCGCGCAGAUGGGCCUCGCCGACUGCUACUCCGUCGUCAUGGAGCUCAUCGAACACCCCGAGAAGAACGGGUUCACGACGGCGCACACGUCGUGCUGCAACGUGGACACGGAGGUCGGAGGGCUGUGCCUGCCCAACACGAGGCCCUGCAGCGACCGCAGCGCGUUCGUGUUCUGGGACGCCUACCACACCUCGGACGCCGCCAACAAGGUGAUCGCCGACCGCCUCUGGGCGGACAUGAUGAGCGCCGGGCAAGGGGGCGCUUCGGCUCCUGCUCGCGUCGGCGCAUCUAGCCCCGCCGCUGCGCCGUCUCCGUCCCCGUCCGAGGACUACUGA